AUCCCCUCCAAUUAGCCUGGUGAUCUUGUGAUUUCUUGUUCCCCAAGCUCGAUGUCAUUUAUGAUAUAAACCUCUCCGGAUUCCCGAGCUUAUAAGCACAGUUCCUCUUCCUUCUCCCCGAAACGAAUCAAAGAACCGACAAAACCCUAAGCAUGUCCUAUCCUCCUCCUCCUCCUCCCACAACCCCUUCACCAUCUCCCUCCUCCUCCGAUCCCACACCGGAUCAUGACACCCCGCCCGCCGUCGGCCUGGCGACGGCGGCGGACGAGGGAGCAGAGUCGAAGAUGGGAUCAGGAGAUGAAGUAGCCCAAGUGGAAGAGGAGGAGGAGGAGGAGUGCGGCUUCUGCCUCUUUAUGAAGGGGGGCGGCUGCAAGGACGCCUUCGUCGCGUGGGAGAAGUGCGUGGAGGACGCCGAGAAGCGCGGCGAUGACAUUGUGGACAAGUGCGCCGAGGUCACUGCCCUCCUUAAGAAGUGCAUGGACGCUCACGCGGACUAUUACGAGCCCGUGCUCCGCGCCGAGCAAGCCAUGGUCGAGGCCGCGGCUGACGCGGCCGCCUCCGCUAACCCUGAACCGGAGGAGGUAAAGAGAGGGAACGAUUCUUGAAUUCCUUUGACGUUCUUACUUGUUUCUGAUACCUUCUAAUUUCUCCAUGUUGUACGGUUUGGCAUUGCAUUCUUGGAUGAGUUACUUCGCAAAGUAACCUCUGCCUUUUGCUUUCUAGCCACAGAGUUGUGAGAAUAAUGUGGCCUCAAUUUGAGGAAGCUUUAGACCAAUACGUUCCUCUGUAGAACUAAAACAAUUUUGAGAUCAUACACAGUUUUUUUUUUUUU